ACAAAAGAMGAGAGCUACAUGUAAAUGUCACGAAUCCUAUAAGUCUAUAAAAUUUAUUUUCCUUUGCCGAUAGAACAUUUUGAAGACAUAAUGAGCGAAAGACCCUUUUCAGUUGCCUUUAUUUUCGCUCUUUUAGUCUUAGCUGGCCUAAACUAUGUUGGGUUCGUGUAUCUUCCAUCAAAAUGGACACCUUUCAACAUUGCUUUGCACGUAUUUGGUCUUGUGGUGUGUCUGAUGAAUUAUAUCAACGAAUUCCAUGGAAUGAUGCAAAUAAGCUACAGUAAGUUUACAAAACAAGCCGGCUCAGUCAAUCCACGUUUUGGUUGGGUAAUAUCAUAUGCCUUACCAGCAGUUGUGUACACUGUUCUUUGGUAUGCGUUUGGAAAACCAAUGACAGAUUAUCACCUUAUUGCCUUGGCAACCUACAAUAUUCACUUCUUGAAGCGCAUAUUAGAGUGCAUAUUUUUGCACAAAUAUUCCAAUAACAUCGAAAUCAUUACAAUCAUUGAGRUAGGGGGCUUCUAUUCACUUGGUGCUGUGAUGCAACAUUAUUGGUGUAACAUACUGACUAGUCCAGCCUUGGCAGCAAAGCUGUCACAAAAUCGCCAUGUGUUGGUGACUGGUGUGGUUUUGUUUGUUCUUGGAGAGUUCAUUAACUUUGCUCACCAUGUCAUUCUGGCUACCCUUAGACCCAAAGGGGGCUCAAAGUAUGUCAUUCCCACUGGUGGUCUGUUCAGCAUGGUUAUUUGUCCUCAUUACUUUGGUGAGCUGAUAGCCUGGCUUGGCAUGUCAGUACUCUAUCAGCACUCCUGUUUAUAUCUAUCAUGGCUGACAAUGGUUGCCUAUUUGUCAGGUCGCAGUCAUCAGACAAGACUAUGGUACUUGAAAAAGUUUGACAAGUUUCCUCAGCACCUCAAAAACCUAUUUCCAGGAAUCUACUAGAUAUACUAUAUCAUAUAUUAUAACCAGCUAUCUGUAUCUAUCUAUCCGUAUACUACAUAUUGAUAAACUACAUAUUGAUUGACACAAAAUGAUGAGAAUUGCAAAAAAAUAUGAAUCAAUAUUGUUAUUGUUGGAGAACAAUCAUGUUUAUUUUAUACUUAACAUAUAACAAUUUUUCAUUUUAACAAAAUAUUAAUUAUUUUAACAAAACAUGCUUACAGCAUUAAAAUAUAUUCUUUUCCAUGUAUUGUAUUCUACAGCUAUUUCUUCACCCUCCUUUUAAAGUUUGAAUCCCAGUGCCAUCUAGAAACGUAGAUGUGCCUGCCCUAUAUUCCUUUCAAAAGUAGAACGUAUCACGUUUUGAUAUAUAUCAUGCAUCAAAUAUUGCAGCAGCUUGCAUAUAUUAUAUUUGAUAAUGCAGUCUCUUUGGCGACCAUAAUCCUUAGCCUUAAACAACAGAAUGUUUUGAUGCGAUGUUAUAAUGAAAUCCACCCUUCAUACAACUGGUGCCUCAGCGAUAAAUAGUUUCRAUUAGUUAAGUUGUGUAAGGUUGGAAUUAGUGAACAAGGGCACUGGUCCAAGAUAGACUAAUAAUUUUCAAUAAAAUUUGCUCCAAUACUGGAGGUAUGUGAUUCAAGGCCAAGUAAAAAAAUACUUUUACUCUAAUCCAGGGUCUGGUUGCCUAAGGUCCAAUUACAUUGUAGCAUUGUUAAUCCAAGUGUUUUUUAGGUUAAUCCUGGAUUAGCAUUUACCUUUUGAACUAUGCCAAUAAAUCUCUAAUAUUUCUGACCUCUGAUGUGUGUCAAUAAAACCAGUUUGGAACAGUUUACUUAUA